AUGCAGAGGCGCUCCAGAAAGGGCGUGCUGCUGCUGUCGGCACUUCUCUGCGGAUGGAAGAUCGCUCCGAGCUUCCUUGACCCCCAGGUGAAGAAUUUGGUGGCAGACGUUGGGCGACCGGGGCGACGCGAUGUCCUCGGAGGUAUGGCACUGCUUACCAUCCCAGAUGUUGCGUGGGCAAAGCGUGCAUCAAGUUCUGGCGGCGAUCAAAACUUGCCCACACAGCAGUCUAUGCCGGGCGAGAUCGAGACGGAAGAGUCCAUCAGCGAAGAUUGGCAACCUGUUGACAUCGGAGAGUCCACCCUGGUAGAUCCAGAUGAUCCAAAGUAUAAGCAGAUGUCCAAGCUUGCAAAGGAAAUUGAGAAGCAAAAGGCAAAGAACGACGAGUUCGACAAGAUGACUCAGGAGGAGAAGCAGCAGAAGAUGUGUGAGCUGCUGGGCCGCGGAUGUUCCAGCAUUUGA